ACCGUCUCUAUCAUCAUUAUGUUUGCCACAUUUGCCGUUGGCGUUUUUGCUUUAGUCGGGUGUAUCAUCUAUCAUCAAUUCUUUCGAAAGAAAGAUGCCCUGCUGAGUCUUCCUCCAGGGCCAAGGGCUCUACCAAUUAUUGGCAAUCUCUUGGAUCUUCCGCCCGCUGGGACGCCCGAGUUUCAGCAUUGGCUCCCAUUCAAAGAUGUAUACGGCCCUCUUAGCUCUGUAACAGUUUUGGGCCAAACAAUGGUCAUCAUUCAGGAUAAGCAAGCAGCACAUGAAAUUAUGAACGAAAUGUCUCUCAAGACUUCCAGCCGGCCAAGGACAGUUUUUGCUUACGAGCUGUGCGGUCUUGACGAUUUCACAUCUGGUAAACCAUAUGAUGCAACCUUUCGGCUGCAUAGAAAAGUCAUGCACCAACAGGCAGGCACUAGACUGCUUGCGGGGAGGUUCAACGACAUCCAAGAUACAGAGUCGCGCCAUCUUUUACAGCGCAUCCUGGAUGAUCCUGAGAAUCUUGUUAAGCAUUUUAGGACCUUGGCGGGCGCCAUUGUCUUAAAAAUCGUGUAUGGUUAUUCGAUCGAUCCGCAUGCGACUGAUCCUUUGGUGGCAUUGAUCGAGAAGAUGAUGGACAACUUUUCAAUAGCUAUGACUCCGAUGAGAUACUUGGUUGAUAUCUUUCCCGUCCUUCAGCAUCUGCCGAAUGGAUUUCCAGGAACAGCAUUCAAAAACGAAGCCCAGAAAAUGAAGAAGCUCAACUUUGACACAGCUCAUAUUCCCUAUACAUUCGUUGAACAGCAAAUGGCAAACGGCUCCUGCCGUUCUUCAUUCGUGUCAAACCUGAUUGAACGAUACAGCAGUGACAAAUCAAAUGACGCAAAGCUAGACCAUGACACUGAAGAUGCUAUCAAGUGGGCGGCGGGAAUCAUGUACGGUGGAGGUGCAGAUACCACUGUGUCAGCUCUGACCGCUUUUACAUUAGCCAUGCUCUUGUUUCCAGAAGUCCAGAAGAAGGCACAGGAGGAAAUCGACAACGUGAUUGGCGCAAAUCCCAGUCGACUUCCUCGGUUCGGAGAUGAGGUACGGUUGCCUUACGUCUCAGCCGUUGCCAAGGAAUUGAUGAGAUGGUAUUCUGUUGUGCCAAUGACUACGCCUCACAUGUCCGAUGAAGAGAUUACCUACGGCGGCUGUCGGAUCCCAAAAGGGUCAAUCUUGAUCGUCUCAUCAUGGUGGUUGAACCAUAACCCGCAAACAUACUCGGAUCCAUAUCGUUUCUCUCCAGAGAGAUUCCUAGAGCCACGGAAUGAGCCCGAGCCAAGCGGACCAUUUGGCUGGGGCCGCAGAAUAUGUCCUGGAAGAUACAUUUCAAAUGAUACUAUCUUUAUAACCGUUGCGCGGGUGUUAGCCACCUUCAAUAUCACCAAGGCAACCGACAAAAACGGAGCUUUCAUGGAGCCUAAAUUAGAAUAUUCGCCGGGGUUAAUUUCUCACCCGGCGAGUUUUCCAUAUGCUAUUACUGUGAGGAGCCAGAAACACGAGGAACUAAUUCGUUCUGCCGAAGUGGAUCAUCCGUGGGAAAAGAGCGACGCUGAUUUUCUUGUAUUUGGUGGCGACGAACAGCCUACAGAUCAAAACUUGAAAUUUCCAUAAUAGCCACAUGUGAUUAUUUUCAGUAUGUCGCCAAUGGCAGAGGACAAAGAGUAACAGAAAACGGCAGUUUGGCAAAUUUGAUCAGCAUGUUAGUCCAGUGUACUUGAAUAUUCAAAGUGUUCAUUUUGCUUC